ACAACUUGCUGAAACCAUACCUCUAAUUUCAGACUUCGAGAUUCCUAUAAAAUGCUGCCUUUCCCAACGAGUUGUUGUGGUACAACAAUUGUUGUUUGAAAGGGAGACAAGUAACAGUUUGACGCUUUUUUUGAUUGUCAACUACUGGUUUCGUCGACGUCUUUAAACAUGUAUUUCUUUUAUUUUAAUACAUUUCUUUCGCUCUUGGUGAUUGGGUCAACGUCAUCAAAUGGCAAAAUAAUUGAAUCAUCAAAGAAUGAGAAAGAGUUUACUAAAACGGCGUCAGAGUUGUUAGCAAACGCUGACCAGAAUGUUGAGACACAAUCCGACGACGAAAAGCGUACUCUGAACCGUCGUACGACAAAGCAAAGCAUUGCAAAUCUGUACUUGGAAUUGGCUAAAGCUUACAUUCUUGAAGCAGCAUUGAAAAAAGGAAAAGCGUUAACCAGUCUUGUGUAUUUGGAAGAUAAUUGUAAGAAAAUCAAGAAAGUGGGCGAACCAAUUGUUCACCAUCAUUCUGGAAAGACGCAGGGAGCUUGGAUGAAAGAUCCACUUGGUCUUCUUGGUGCCAAAAAAAUAUGGUACAUAAAUGGUUACCAUGGGAAUAAGGUGUUGGAGUUUGAGGACAUGGAUCACUUUAAAGCUGGGAAGUUUCUAAAACACAUAUUGCCGUACAAUAUUGCUGGUACUGGAUCAGUUGUCUAUGGUCGAUAUCUCUACUUUCACAGAAGUGGAACAUGCAAUGUUGUGCAGUAUGAUUUGGAGUAUUCGAGAGUUUCAAAACAGGCCUGUCCAAAUUCAAAUAUAAAAUCAGGGCAGUACAGUUACCAAUGGGGUGGCUACUCUGGAGUUGAUUUGUCUGUCGACGAGAGUGGUUUAUGGGUUUUAUGGGCUUAUAAAGGAUACAGUGGAAAGUUAUGUGCGACGUUGAUGGAUCCAUUGACGCUCAGAACUCUAAGUAAUUACUAUGGUAUUUCAUCAGAGUCAAAGACGAGCAUGGGAAAUGCAUUCGUGGCCUGUGGCAUUGUUUACAGCAUUGAUAGUUGCCAUGCACGCUCCACAGCCAUCAACUACGCGUAUGAUGUUGGAAAAAGAACUGGAUCCAACCCAAAUAUAAAAUUCACCAACAAAUUUGGAUACAACAGUAUGGUGACGUAUAACCCUCGUGAGAAGGUGCUGUAUGCAUGGGACAGACAUCGUCAGAUUACCUACCCACUUGAGUUCGAAAAGUGAGGUCUUUCGUGAAUUGUGAAGUUUUUGCGCUACUUUAUAGUUUACUUAAAAUUAUAGUUGUUAGAAGAAAACUAUUGUAAUAGCUCGUCAAAUGAUAGGUAUUAUAAUGGGCUUUGAAUCAAUAAAUCGCUCUGAAUGGGCUCUGAAUUAAACUCUA